AUGUUGGGUCUUGCAAAGAGAGUUGGGGCAAGGUUUCUGCUCACCAGCACAAGUGAAGUCUAUGGAGAUCCUCUUGAGCAUCCACAGAAAGAGACGUAUUGGGGAAACGUGAACCCGAUUGGUGAGAGGAGUUGCUAUGAUGAGGGAAAACGUACUGCAGAAACACUGGCCAUGGAUUACCACCGAGGUGCAGGUGUUGAGGUUAGAAUUGCUCGUAUAUUCAACACGUAUGGACCCCGAAUGUGCCUCGAUGAUGGGCGUGUUGUUAGUAACUUUGUUGCUCAGACGAUCCGCAAACACCCAAUGACUGUUUAUGGUGAUGGAAAACAAACUCGAAGCUUUCAGUAUGUUUCUGACUUGGUGGAGGGGCUUGUAGCGUUGAUGGAAAACGAUCACGUAGGACCCUUCAAUCUUGGUAACCCAGGAGAAUUCACAAUGCUUGAGCUUGCAGAGGUGGUUAAGGAGGUGAUAGACCCGAGCGCGACAAUAGAGUUCAGACCGAACACAGCGGACGAUCCUCACAAGAGGAAACCAGACAUUAGCAAAGCAAAGGAACUUCUAAACUGGGAACCAAAGGUGUCUCUGCGAGAUGGUCUGCCUCGUAUGGUCAGUGACUUCCGUAACCGAAUCUUGAACGAAGACGAAGGCAAAGGUCUCUAA